AUGCAUUUUAUAAAAUAUUUAGCUAUCUUUGCCAUUUUCGCCAUUCAAUUCAGUUUACAAGAAGUUUCUUCUGAAGAUGAUUCAAAUCAAGUUGCAGUUCUAUCACAAGAAGAAAACAAUUUGCCUUUAAAACAAACUCAAACUGGAGGAAAAAGUUUAUUUAGUAGUUUCAAAAACAAGGUCAGUGAAAAAGCAAACGGAUUGAAAUCAAAAAUUGUUCAAGCUAAAGACAAAGUAAAAUUAGGAUUAGAGAAAGCCAAGAAUGAAGUAAAUAAAAGAGUUAGCAGCAGUCCUAAACUUCAAAAAAGCUUGAAUUUUGCAAACAAUUUAAAAGACAAAACUUUAAAUGCUGGAAAGAAAUUAAAAAAUAAAGUUUUAAAGUUUUUUUAA